AGCUUGAAGCAAAGUAGAAAUCGAGAGCAAAAGUUACUCCCUUUUCUUUAUUCGCAACAAAAACGCAUAACUUUUAUGUUUUUGUUUGAAAUCUGGUUAGUUUUCUACAUGCGGUUUUUUUCACAAAAUGGAUAGUUUAUACAACGUAGGAGCUGCAAUAUUACUCGGUAUAUUAGAUAGCAUUAAGGGAAUAGCAGUAGUUUUUUACCUAGAUAAGGAAGCAAACCGGAAGUCACUGCAAUCGAAACCGACCCGCUCGGAACCGGGUCGUGCGACCAAGGAGAGCUUGUCCACUCCGGCCCAGCAGCAAAUUCUACACCAGACGGCAUCAUCCUCGUCGAUGUCGGGGAACGUCAACAAAGACAACGUCAAACGAAAGGAUGAAUCCAAGGUUUUGCACAACGUGCUCUAUUGCUGCCUCCUGAACGGUGGAAUCUUCAUGCUAAGCAUCCUCAUGUUCGAGUAUGGCGUUCUACCGGGACUGAAUUACUUCCUGUCGUAUAUGUUCCCCGACUCCGGCACGGUUUCGACCGUUUGGGGUUGGAUGAAACCGUCGCUAUCGUUACUGUUCCAUAGCUUCUGGGUGGCACCGCUGUUUCUUUUUAGUAAAAUCGUCAAUAGUCUCUGGUUUCAGGAUAUAGCUGACUCGGCCUACAAGUUCCGGAAGGGACGACCGCAGCUGAUCUCCAGCAUAAGCAAAUUGAUAGCGGACACCUUGAUCAGUUUGCUAAUUCAGGUGUUAUUCCUGCUGCAAAGCACCGUCAUCAAGUACCUUCCCAUUCCGGUACCGUUCGCAUGCAGUAUCUUGUAUAUUGUGCACAUGAGUUUGCUCUGUUCGCUGUACGCGUUCGAGUACAAAUGGUUCAACAUGGGAUGGGAACUGCACAAAAGAUUAACCUACAUUGAAACCAACUGGCCGUUUUUCAUCGGCUUCGGUCUACCGUUGGCAAUCAUUUCCGAACUGCCCAAUUCGAUCGUCAUCAGCGGUUGUGUAUUCUCAGUGCUGUUUCCACUGUUCAUUCUCAGUGCCAAUGAGGCUACUCCAAAAGUGGGAGUGUGUGAAACUCCUUUGAAACUGUUCUCUUUGGUAGUAGCCAUAACCAACGCUCUAUUCAGUAGCCGAACUAAGCUGGGCAAAGCUGCCCUGUCGACACCGAUCAGUGCUAGCCAGGGAACACCCGGAAGUUCGAUGAGAAUGGGUCGCGGAAUGUCGCCUCCGUUAUCGAGCAGUACACCAACGCCAUCGCUCAAUUACCAGCUGAGUCAGCAGCAAAAAAUUCGACACCACCAACAUCAUCACCGACAGCAUCGCCAUUCGUCGCCGUCUCCGUCGAGGGCCGGCUCUGUGGCUGAAUCAGCUCUCGGCUCGGUUAUGUCGUACCAGCAACAGCAACAGGCAGUACUAAAUCGUAACCUCAGGCGAUAAUACUCUCACACAAAAAGAAAACAAGAUGAUAGAACCGAACACAACUCUCGCGGUGCGUGUCGCAAACAAGUGAUCAACGAAUAAUUAGGAUAUCAUAGCGCAUAAUAACCACACAAGCGUACCGAUUUGGUACGAGAAAACAAAAAAUAAUCAUCUGAUAGAAUGUUGAAUGGUGCUCAGUUUAGGUUUCGGCUUUCUGUUUGGCCUUGUUUUGCGCAGGAAUGUUCUCUAUGUUUAAAGGUUUUUGUCGCCUUAGGUACAAGCUACCGUUAUCGUGUGAAGCCAGCGUGACAAACUUAUUGUCGUUUUUAAUAUAUUUUACUUCGUAAUAAAAGUAAACGAUCAGACUGCUUUUUCCUCUCUAGAAGGGAAACAUAAGAUGGUUUCUCUGAGAUUACGAA